UUGGAGGCAGACGUCACAGUUUCAUCAUGACGUGCCCUGUGGUUUCUGUGCUGCCCAACAGAGAGAAAAUCCAGUGUGACCCAGAGAAUAUUCAGGUGAUUAGACAAGUUCCCCAUGACAACUGGAAUAAUGAGUUGCAGUGGUCACUGUCUUUGAGCGAUCACCUCAUUGUAGCGAUGGAGGAUGCCAGCCUGAUCCAGAUGAACUUCGUCACGGAUGGAUCUGACAUUAUAGUCCAAGGCAGGAGGAGAGAGAUCCUGAGUCCUGUGAAGGUGAUGGAAAGCGAAGGGGAAUUCUUGGCCUUGAAGCUGGUCAGUGGUCAGUAUGCCUACAGUAUGGAGGCUAUGUGUCCAACAGUGACCACCUCCACAGCAGAAGAGACUGUGCUGCACAUUUUCAAACGACGCCUGGGCCUGACCAAGCGAGGCAGCUCCUACACUGAGGGACUGACUGUCAGUGACGUGUCAGUGAACCAGACGGAGAAUUUCACUGUGCACGAGACGAGUGAAUUUGUGUCACUGAUCCUCCCGACAUCCCAAAUACUCCAAACCAAGACCUGCACAGACAGCAAACAGCUCCUGCAGUCUUUCUACAGGGUGGAUGUUGUGCUCACCUUCAAAGAGACAAAUCACAAAAUGCACUGGACCAUGGAGAACACACUGCCAUGCACAGAUGGAUCUGCUGCAUCAUACAUUACAUCCUCUCCUGCUCCAAACAUCACAGCCCUGCCAACACUCAACUUUAUUAACACAAGUCUAAGCACAGAGCAAGCGUUGCUGCACCGUGCUGCCGUGCCCACAAACAAGACAGCUCCACUCCAAGUAACCACGAUGGAAACUUCCACAAUCCGUUCACUUCACACACAGACAGACAGUUUUUAUUCCCACAUUGAAGAGAUGACAAAGAGUCAAAGUGGGAAUUCAUCUUCAGGGUUUGAUGAGGACGUCGUCACUCCCAUUCAUGCAAAUGAAACAGAACUGUCUGUCCACACACAUAAACACUUCAACUCAACCGGAGGAACCCAAGACCAGCGACAGCAGAAGAAAUUGAAGUGGAUUUGGUGAAACACUUUCAAAAUACUUGUUUCAUCUGACACAGCAUUUCUCAGUCUAUAAGCAAAUAACUGGAUUUAUUUAGCCCCUUGCUUUAGGGCCUUUUGAUUGACUCCUUUUGUUUGAAUUCUCACUGGUGUCUGUUUGCUGUCUUGAAGGGGACACUGUGGUCAGUCAGUGCCGGGCAGGUUGAUUAUACAAGCAGAAAUACAACCAGACCUCUGCCAACCGUUGCCCGAGGGCCGACAUUAUCCAGACACGGAUGAGGCAGGCGUUAAAUAAACAUGUCUUUAUCCGAGCAGCACAGCAGGUUGACGUAGAGAAGAGCCAGCAGUUGUUACAGCUGAUGAUGCCACCUUUCCAGAGACGCUUCGUGUUGUAAGCAAAAAGUACAAACACAGACAGAGACAGUGUCUUCUAGCCAAAGAUGAAUCUUACACUUUCAGAAGUUUUACAUUUCUUAGGAUGAAUUGAUGCUUCUUGAUGUUUUUUUCUUGUGCAAAGAAAAAUUAUCACAUUUCUGAUAAUCUCAGCUGCAAUGGUGCUGCUUCGUGAAUCUGUGCUGCAGUAUAGUGUUUCACCAAGAGAGGGCACUGUUGAAUGUGUUUUCUGUCCCUCUGCUAGCAGCAGGCCUGCAGCUGCUCUUUUCCAAAUUUACCAGGUUUAAAUGUUUUUGUAGAACUUACAUUCAAUACCCUUUUCUGCGUUAACCAUUUAGCUGUAUGUCAAUUAUAAAAUAUUUCCUAUACAUAAAAAAGUAGUUGAAGUGGGACGUUGCUUUAAUUUCAUUUUUGCAAGUGUAGCAUAAUAAUCACUUUAAAUAUUAAGCAUCAUGUGUGAAAAUUAAACGUAUGGAGCUGAUUCUGAAGCGACUAAAAAUGUUUCUCUUCUGUUUCCCCCCCUUAUGUUUUCACCUUUGUUAUUGUGACCUCUUGGUAUGCACUGAAGCGCCUGUAAAUGAUAACAGUGCAGUGUUACGCAGUUACAUGCAUCAUAUACAAUGGGCUGUGGGGCAGAAAAUCUAAACUUCCUUGUGCCUUUGGUCCCCAUCUGCUCGGUGAACUUAUGAGCAGGAAAUGGAAUAAGUGGUGCAAAAAGCACGCCAGCAUCCCUGCUCCUUUCAUGUGGCCUUUCUCGGCCAUUACCCUAUCUGUAGCAACUGUUAACUGUCUUUACAAAGUUAAAAAUCCCUUUCAUGUUUCACUGUUUCUUUUUGUUUUAAUUUCAGUCAGAGCAUAUGGUUUGCACAUCUGGGAGAUGCUAAGCAUGGUGGCACCCCCCCCGGCCCCCACCUCCCCACACCCACACACACUCACACACACUGCUUCUGUGAAGUGAUCCAUAUAUGGUCUUCAUUGUUAGUGCUCAUAAUCACUCACCAUUAUUAUAAACAAGUCCCAUCUUGAUUGGCCGCUUUGAGGUUGCUGUGUGAGAUGCUCAAUAAAGUGAACUUUCAGAAUUUCAAACAAACUCCAUUCCUUAGAAAGUGAGAACUUCUGUGAGUUGAAUCCAACAGUAUGAAACAUCACAGACAUCUUUCUUCCCGAGAAAUCUUCGCUCCAGCUGAAUUCGCCACCUGUGACUAAUC